AUGAAUACCGGAAUUGGGUCGCCGGCCAUCGUGGCUGACAACAACUCUGAUACAAUCGCUAAGAGAGUCCACUAUAGUCCUCCAUGGGCCGAUUUGAGCAUCAUUGGCAUUGCGGGCAGUUCUGGAUCUGGGAAGUCUACUUUAUCACACGCCAUCGUCAGUAAACUGAAUCUGCCAUGGGUUGUCAUCUUGUCAAUGGACUCUUACUACAAGCCGUUGGGCCCCGAAGCUUCUAAGAAAGCCUUCCGCAACGAGUAUGAUUUUGACUCUCCAGAGGCGAUAGACUUUGAUGCCUUGGUUCAGACCCUCCAGGACCUCAAAGCAGGUAAACGUGCCGAGAUACCAAUAUACUCCUUUGAGAAGCAUCAGCGUCUAAAAGAGACAACCACCAUAUACUCCCCGCAUGUGCUUGUUCUAGAGGGGAUCUUUGCCUUGUAUGAUCAGAGGGUGAUGGAUCUCAUGGACAUGAGAGUCUAUUGUGAAGCAGAUGCGGACACAUGUCUCUCAAGGAGAAUCCUGCGAGAUGUUAGAGACCGAGGUCGUACGGUAGAAGGCUGUAUCAAGCAGUGGUUUAGCUUUGUAAAGCCGAAUUAUGAAAAGUAUGUCCUACCACAAAGGAACAAUGCUGACAUCAUCGUGCCACGUGGAAUAGAGAAUCGAGUUGCAAUGGCUAUGGUAACCCAGUAUAUCGAAAGAAAACUACUGGAAAAGUCAACGCGUCAUCGAGCUGCUCUAAGAAGUCUAGAGGCCGGGUCUGAAAACGAGCCUCUUUCCGACCGAGCCAUCGUUCUUAAGGAAACUCCGCAACUCAAAGCUAUGAAUACCAUAGUUCAGGACAUUGAUACAUCGAGCGAGGAUUUCAUAUUUUAUUUCGAUAGGGUUUCAUGCCUGCUCAUCGAAGAGGCCCUGAAUAAUGCUCACUUCAAAGAAUUGGCCGUCGAAACCCCCUCUGGUAGACUAUAUAAUGGUCUGACUCCUAAGGGCGAAGUCAGCGCAGUCAUCGUGCUUCGCGGAGGCGCUGCCUUCGAGGGCGGGUUGAGGAGAGUAAUUCCAGAUGGUCGUACGGGACGGCUCCUCAUCCAGUCCAACGUCCGUACUGGAGAACCCGAACUUCAUUACCUGAAACUUCCCAAGGACAUUAACACGCAUGACACCGUGUUACUUUUAGAUGCCCAGAUGUCUAGCGGAGGCUCUGCGCUGAUGGCCGUCCAAGUCCUCGUAGACCACGGAGUCCCGCAAGAUCGUAUCGUCUUUGCAACAUACUCGGCCGGCUACGUAGGUGUUUAUCGUCUGACGAAGGUGUUCCCAGAAGUCACCGUUGUCAUCGGUAACAUGGUCGCCGACUUCCAAGAUAGGUGGGUUGAGAAGAGAUACUUUCGCUGCUGA